ACUUAUAUAAAGCUUUGUCCUUCAUUUCUUGAAAUUCCAAUCUAUAUUUAGCAACUUCUCUCUCUUCUUCUCUCUCUCUCCUCAAGAAAAAAAUAAGCUCUCUGCAACAGAAAAUAUAAAUCACAGGGGUAUCCGUUAUAUGAUUUGGUCAAGAAAGUUUGAAAAGAAAAAUUAAAAAUCAAAACUUUAUAACUCCAAAGUGGAGAUUACGUGAAAAAGGGGUCAUUUUCACGGUUAUUGGACGUAUUUGUGAUCUGGGUAUUUGUUGAAAUUUGAGGAUCAAACUCUUACGUUUCAAAGGUUUUGGCUUUAAUUGGGUUGGUUUUUUUUUUGAUAUGAUUGAAGAACUGGUGAGAGGAAAUAUGUGAAAAUGUAUUUGGGUUUGUUAAUGGAGUGUGUGGUGUUGUUGUUGUUGUUGAUAAUGGUGAAAUGAAGAUUUUACAAGAUGAGCUGAAAUGAUAUUAGAAUGGAUAGCAGAGAAGAUGAAGAUAGGCCUUCUUCCCCAAUUUUGAUGUUGCAGCAUUUGUCUGAGGAGGCAUGUAGAGUGGCUGGUGAAGCUUUGAGUAGUGUUUAUCCUGGUCAUUCUAACAUAGCUAAUACCUCUCCAUUGGGAUGGGGACCUGGACCGGGACCGGGUCAUAGAAGAGCCCAAAGUGAGGUAUUGAGUGGUCACAAUAGAAGUAAUAGUUUUCAUAGGUUGAAAACUCAGGUUCAGAGGGCUUGGAAAUGGGGUAGCAAUUCAAGGGAUGAAGGUCGCCGUUCUAAUUUCAAUCCCGAGGUCUUGGCUAACCAAAAACGCCAGUGGUAUCAGCUUCACUCCAAAGUUUUGGAUCAUACCAACUACAAGGAACCAACGUCGUUAUUUGAACACUUUGUUGUUGCUGGGCUUCAGCCUGAUGCUAAUCUCGAGACUGUGGAGGCUGCAUUUGCUAAAAGGAAGGAGUGGGAAAUGGAGAUGUCAAGAUCUGAAUUAGUAGACUUUAACUUGCUUCGCCAGCGGGGGCCUUCAUUCCCUAGCUUGGAACCUCAGAUAUUGUUCAAAUAUCCUCCGGGGAAGAAAAUAGCAAUGCGUUGGAAGGACUUAGCCGCCUUCUGUUUUCCAGCAGGAGUUAAGGCACAGUUGUUGGAGAGAACCCCAUCAUUAAGUGAUCUAAAUGAACUUAUUUAUGGGCAGGAACAUUUGGGCCGGGAUGAUUUAUCAUUCAUCUUCUCACUUAAGGGGUCAGACAAUGCAACACUAUAUGGUGUUUGCUUACAUGUCCUAGAAAUUGUACAGAGACCACCUGGAAUCUUAGGUGGUGCAUCGCCUCUUUCUCAUUCAUCAGGAGGAUUCAACCGAUUUUUAGUGUCUGCACCUCGCUGUUAUUGUGUACUAACUAGAGUUCCUUUCUUUGAGCUACACUAUGAGAUGUUAAAUAGUAUAAUUGCCCAGCAACGUCUGAAUCGGAUAACAGAAUUUGUCACCGAAAUGUCUCUCUAUGAUUAUGUCCCUUCUACUAAUGAUCAAAUGCAUCAGAAUGUGGAAUCGCCUGAGAGAGAGCCUUUAACUGGUUGGAUGAAUUCUGCAAUACCCGUCGACAGUGCAGUAGCUAUGACUGCUGCUGCUGCUGGAAUUAUACCCGAUAACAUCGUUCCACAGUCCUCACUAAGGAUAUGGGAACCUACCUCUCCCGAAAGUAUUACUGCUAGUGAAUCUUCCGAAAUCAGUCAAGCAAGGGAGAUAGACAAAGAUGGUAGGAAGAACUUGCAAUAUUUUGAUGAUAAUGCUUCUGAGGCCUCAGAAACACGAUCAGAUACUUUGGAGAGAUUGUAUGGAAGCUAUGAAGGCCAUUCUUCACCAGAUAUUAGAGCGCCUUUCUCCUCUAGAUUUCGCACAUUGGAGCACCUUGAGAGUUCUGAAUUCUUAUUCAGCCCAGCUAGAAGCAUGACAUCAGAGGAUGACGACGAUGAACUCUUUGCCAACUUCGAUAAAGAUCAUAGGGAUGACUUAAUAAUGGAAUGGGCUAAGGAAAAUAAAAAUGACUUGCUACAGAUUAUUUGUGGAUAUCAUGCUCUUCCUCUUCCUCCAAGGGGAGGUAAACUAGUUUUUCAACCUCUUGAACAUUUGCAGUCUAUUGAAUACAGGCGACCUCCAGUUCCUUCCCUUGGUUUUCACCAAAAAUAUUCGGCUUCAUUGGCACCUUCUGAGGUCAAUUUUAAGCUGGCUGCAUUUGAAGAAGCUUUGGCGCUAUCAUUAUGGACCACCGCUACAAUUUGUCGUGCUCUAUCCCUUGAAAACGUCUUGUCAUUGCUCACUGGUGUGUUACUGGAAAAACAAGUAGUUGUUGUGUGUCCAAACUUGGGAUUGCUCUCAGCUACAGUUUUAUCCAUCAUUCCCAUGAUUCUUCCAUUUCAGUGGCAGAGUUUGAUUCUUCCUGUCUUACCGGGAAGAAUGGCUGAAUUUCUCGAUGCACCGGUCCCCUUUAUUGUUGGAUUGCUAAACAAACCCAAUGAGUUGAAAAUGAAAACAUCUAAUCUUGUUCACGUCGAUGUAUUAAAGGAUCAGGUCAAAACUUGUAGCUUGCCAACACUGCCAAGACAGAAAGAGCUCGCCAAUGCUCUAGCGCCAUUUCAUGCUAAAUUGUCACGAGAAACUUCAAUGGCUAAGAAGCAUCCUGUACAUAAGUGCUGCGAAACACAGGCUUAUGCUGCUGACAAGUUUCUAAAAGUAACAAGGGGCUACUUGGAAUCACUCUGUUCAGAUCUAAGGUUGCAUACAAUCACAAGUGUGCAAUCAAACAAUGAUAGGGUUUCUUUACUUCUCAAGGACAGCUUUAUCGAUUCCUUUUCUAGUCGCGACCAGCCAUUUAUCAAGCAUUUUGUGGACACUCAAAUGUUCUCUGUUCUAUCAGAUUCUCGUUUAUUAAGAUUUGAGAAUGGUCAAUUGUAACUUAGUGAUUAUAGUUUAGUUCAUAUGAUUGGAUUUGCUUAUGAAUGUAGCAUAAAAGAUUUGACUAGAUAUUGCAAUGGAGAAAAAACCUUGCUUCAAAUGUUGUAACAUAUUAAGUUCUUGCAAAUUCCAACACCCUUUUCUGAUUAGAGCCCAAAUUAUCAUAAUCCCAAUCUUUUAGGGGAGAUAUGAUGUGAAAUUUAGGCCUAUAAAUUCAUCUCAAUUUGAAAAUUUGUAAAUGUCAACAAUUAAAUUCGAGUGUAAGUUUAUUUUUUAUUUA